CGAGACAGCGCACGCUCAUCAGGAGAAGCCUUAGACUUUAGUACACUACUUCCUGGGGACUGCAUCAACUGAUCCGAUUCUCGGAGGCUGUGGAAUGCGUUGAGCACGCUGCACACAUGCACAUGUCCACAUGUGCUUCUCCCUCUGUAGAUGCCCCAUGCUGGUUUGUUUCCCCCCAUCACCCUGUCCAACCAGGAAAUUUCGAGCCUGCCAUGGCUAGCAAAACAGAGGAUGUGGUUGCCUUGGGAGAGGGGGAUGCUCGCGGCCACAUUGUCGACUUUGAUGGCCCUGGCGAUCCGGAGAUGGCCAUCAACUGGGCCCCUAGGAGAAAGUGGCUGAACGUGUUAGUCCUGGCUGCCAUGACCUUCAUCUCCGCCCUCGGCUCAUCCAUCGCCGCCCCCGGCGUCAACCAGGCCAUCGUCGACUUUGACAGCACCGACCAAGUGCUCAGCUCCCUCAUCGUGAGCGUAUACAAUGUCGGCCUCGCCAUCGGCCCGCUGAUCGUGGCGCCCAUGUCGGAGAUGUACGGCCGCCUGUUGCCCUACCACGUCACCAACGUCCUCUUCACCCUCUUCACCGCCGGCUGCGCCCUCAGCCCCAACCUGCCGGCCCUCAUCGUCUUCCGCAUGCUGGCCGGCAUGGAGGCCUCGGCCGUUCUGACCGUCGGCGGCGCCACCGUGGCCGACCUCUUCGUUCAAGAGGAGCGGGGCCGGGCCAUGGCCAUUUGGACCUUCGGUCCGCUGAUGGGACCUGCUGUCGGUCCGGCUGUCGGUGGAUAUCUCACGGAGGCUAUGGGAUGGAGAUGGGUGUUCUGGCUUGUGACCAUUGCUGCAGGCGUCUUUACCGUCAUCUUCUUCCUCGUCGUACGCGAGACCUACCCCCCCGUCCUCCUCCAGCGCAAAGUUGACCGCCUGCGCCGCGAAACGGGAAACCCGCACCUCACGUCCGCCAUGGCCGACACGUCAAGCCGACGAAGCCGUCUGACCCGUUCCAUCCGCCGGCCGCUCGUCAUGCUCUUCCGGUCCCCCAUCGUCUUCCUCUUCUCCCUCUUCAUUGCCGUCGUGUUCUCGUACCAGUUCCUCCUCUUCGUCACCAUCCCGUCCGUCUUCGGCGGCACCUACGGCUUUUCCGUCGGCGAGACGGGGCUCGCCUACCUCGGCAUCGCGACCGGCUUGCUCCUGGGUAAUGCCGUGUUUGGCCAUCUCGCCGAUCGCCUGCUCACGGGGAAGGCGAAGCUGGCUGGGGUGACUGAACUGAAGCCCGAGUAUCGCCUCCCCCUGAUGAUCCCCGCCGCGUUUUGUAUCCCUGCCUGCUUUUUCAUCUACGGCUGGACUACGCAUUAUGCGCUGCACUGGAUUAUCCCUAUAUUUGCGACGUCUCUUCUAGGGCUGGGGUUGAACAUGUCACUGAUGACCAUCCAAGUCUACUUGGUAGACGCCUACACGCUCUACGCAGCCUCUGCGCUGGCCGCUGCCACCGUCCUCCGAUCCAUCUUCGGCGCUUUUCUUCCCCUGGCCGGCCCGCCCCUCUACGAGGCCCUGGGGCUCGGCUGGGGAAACUCGACUCUCGGGUUCAUUGCCAUCGGCCUCAUCCCAGUCCCUCUCCUUUUUAUCCGAUAUGGCGAGGCAAUCAGGACGAAUCCUCGAUACCAGCUGACCCUUUAGCAUGAGGGGGUGCUAAUGCCUAUGGACACGAGCGAGAUGUUAUAUCACAGUAGACCGUGCCUCCUGGACGCGAAGUAAUGGAUAGUUGAAUACAUGUAUGCUUAUCUGCGGUCUUUGGCAUGAAUAGAUUAGAACUUUUGAAUCUACCAGCGUCUCUCUGACCAGACGGAGAUAUCGGAUACUCUGGGAGACAGUAGAAUACCAGCAAUGGAUGGAGUCAGGCCGCGAGAACCGGCCCAAACCGGCUGGGCACGCCACAACAGCAUUUAUUAUUCGUGAAGAA